AUGUUGGCAACCUGCAUGAUUCCUCUACCGGUCUCACCAGAUACUAGUUUCAAACGAGACAGCCUGGAUCCAUUAAUACUGUUACUCUAUAUAACCUUGGAACCAAUGAAAUUCAAGAUUAUUUUGCUGGUGAUAUGCUAUGUUACAUGUCAGUUUUCUUUCGCAUUAUGCCUCACGAUUUAUCGCAUGAUUACAACAUUCGAUAAGGCAAUUUUAUUGAGACAUGGCUCUUUCGGUGGAAUUGAAAUUUUCGUGCUGAUUAAUUUAUGGACCGUUUUGCUCAAGUACAAAGAAAUAAUGUCAUUCUCUGAUGUUUUCCAAUUAUUAAGAUGCCCAGUGAACGAGAAAAUUAUCGGAGCUGAAAAAUACAGAGAAGUUCGCUGGACAGUUUUUUUCUUAAAGUUUAUCGUACUUGUGGAUUAUGGAUUAGCAUUGAUUGCUGCAUUUGGAUUCACUUUAUCUCCCGAAUAUUUCAACACCAGAACCUAUUUAGCCGUAUGGCUACGUGAAAAUUUUCCUGAAUACUCUGAAAGAAUUCUAUUUGUAAUUCAUAUGUCAAAUUUCCCAGUGGCUUUGGUGCUUUGUGCUCUUUCUAUUGCCAUGUCGUAUUUCGGGUACAAUGCUGUAUUGCUGCUUAUUUUCAUGAAUCAGGCUGUUGCAGGGAUUUGUUCAUCAAGUAUUCAGCCGAGUGAACGUGUCUCAUCAGGACUUUAUCAACGCUCUAUCAAAGCAAAAUUGAAAGUAUGCAUUAUGUUACAUAUUCUUGCCAUCAGAAUGAGCCAUAAGGCAGCCGAAAUAAUUUACGUUCCUAUGAUUGCUUUUUCUGUGGGUGGUGUCAUAUUAGGAGGAUCUUUACUUCUUGAAUUCUUCACGAACGACUCAUCCGAAAUGAGCAAUCAAUAUUUAGGAAUCAUUUGUUUUACGCUAGCUGGAACCAUUUCAUCUUCCUUAUAUGUAUCAUCGGGACAACAUUUAAAGAACGAAUCCGAAAGAACUCUAUAUCUACUGAAUCAACUUCCUUGGUAUUAUAUGAAUAAAGAAAAUAAGCAAAUCUUCAGCAUUUUCUCGAAAAUGGCGGAGAAGCCUAUUUCAAUGAGCACGUCCUUGUUGGAGAUAAACUUUCUGUUACUCGUGAGGAUUUUCAAAGCAAUAUACUCUAUCGCAGCAUUGAUCGCCCAAUUUGUCACCUCCACUUCUGGAUCUUCACAAUGAAUGGGAAUAAACCUUUCACAAACGCACAGUCUGAAAAGCAAUUCAUAUAGUGCAACGUAGAAAACAAUUCAAUUGUGAAUAUAAAUCCACUGAAAAUAAUACUUUCAAUUAUGCCAAUAAAUGUUUUCAUUGAAAA